CGCGGGGGCCCGAGCGCCGAGAGCAGGGCUGACGCGGAGCCGCCGAGCCGCAGCCGGAGCCGUCCUCCCCGCCCGGCUAGGGCCGAACCGCCGCGGCGCGGGACACCAGGCGGCCCACCGGGGCCGGGGAACCGCCAGCCAUGGCCACCAAGGCUCGGGUUAUGUAUGAUUUUGCUGCUGAACCUGGAAACAAUGAGCUGACAGUUAAUGAAGGAGAAAUCAUCACAAUUACAAACCUGAACGUUGGUGGAGGAUGGCUGGAAGGAAGAAACAACAAAGGAGAACAAGGGCUUGUUCCUACAGACUAUGUGGAAAUUUUACCGAAUGAUGGAAAAGAUCAGUUUUCCUGUGGAAAUUCGGUGGCUGACCAGGCUUUCCUUGACUCCCUCUCCGCCAGCACGGCGCAGGCCAACAGCAACAACCAGGUUGCUGGUGGCAAUGACCCCUGGUCAGCCUGGAAUGCUCCCAAAUCUGGGAACUGGGACAGCUCAGAUGCCUGGGGCACCAGGACAGAUGGGGCUGGUGCUCAGAAGAACAGCGUUAACAACUGGGACACUGCCUUUGGCCACCCUCAGGCCUACCAAGGACCAGCAACUGGUGAUGAUGAUGAGUGGGACGAAGACUGGGACGACCCCAAGUCCUCAUCACCGUACUUUAAGGAUUCAGAGUCAGCUGAACCAGGAGGCAUCCAGCGGGGAAACAGUCGUCCAGGUGCCUCUUCCAUGAAGCUGCCCCUGAACAAAUUUCCUGGAUUUGCAAAACCUGGCAUGGAACAGUACUUGUUGGCCAAGCAACUAGCAAAACCCAAAGAGAAAAUCCCCAUCAUUGUUGGAGAUUAUGGCCCAAUGUGGGUUUAUCCUACCUCUACGUUUGACUGUGUGGUAGCAGAUCCCCGGAAAGGUUCCAAAAUGUAUGGUCUGAAGAGCUACAUUGAGUAUCAGCUAACACCCACUAACACUAAUCGAUCUGUAAACCACAGGUAUAAGCACUUUGAUUGGUUAUAUGAGCGUCUCCUGGUUAAGUUUGGGUCCGCCAUUCCAAUCCCUUCUCUCCCAGACAAGCAGGUGACAGGUCGCUUUGAAGAGGAAUUUAUCAAAAUGCGUAUGGAGCGCCUCCAGGCCUGGGUGACCAGGAUGUGCCGGCACCCCGUGGUGUCAGAAAGUGAAGUUUUCCAGCAGUUCCUGAAUUUCCGGGAUGAGAAGGAAUGGAAAACUGGAAAGAGGAAGGCUGAGAAAGACGAGCUGGUGGGAGUCAUGAUAUUCUCUACCAUGGAACCAGAGGCUCCUGACUUGGACUUGAUAGAGAUAGAACAGAAGUGUGACGCUGUGGGGAAGUUCACCAAGGCCAUGGAUGACGGUGUGAAGGAGCUGCUGACGGUGGGGCAGGAGCACUGGAAGCGCUGCACGGGCCCCUUACCCAAGGAGUAUCAGAAGAUAGGGAAGGCUCUGCAGAGCCUAGCAGCGGUGUUCAGCUCCAGCGGUUAUCAAGGUGAAACGGACCUGAAUGACGCAAUAACAGAAGCUGGGAAGACUUACGAGGAGAUUGCCAGCCUUGUGGCCGAGCAGCCAAAGAAGGACCUCCACUUCCUGAUGGAGUGCAACCACGAGUACAAAGGCUUUCUUGGCUGCUUCCCGGACAUCAUUGGUGCUCACAAGGGAGCAAUAGAAAAAGUGAAGGAAAGUGAUAAGCUGGUUGCAACUAGUAAAAUCACCCCCCAAGACAAACAGACGAUGGUGAAGCGAGUUGGCACCAUGUCUUACGCUUUGCAAGCUGAGAUGAAUCACUUCCACAGUAACCGGAUCUACGAUUACAACAGUGUCAUUCGCCUUUACCUGGAGCAGCAAGUGCAGUUCUAUGAAACAAUCGCAGAAAAGCUGAGGCAGGCCCUCAGCCGCUUUCCGGUUAUGUAGACCAGAAUGGAAUGCAAAAGAACUCCGAAGUGCUUCUUUCUGACCUGGGGCGAUGCAGUUCACUUUUUCCCCUAUAUUAAGAAAGAGAGAAAAAGAAAGGAAAACCAAAAAAGAAAUAAGCUGACAAAAACCUGUUUUCGUCCUUAGCCAGCCUAAAUGCACCAUUUGUUAGGAUGGCCUUUUUUGGUUCAUUUCAACACUUAUUAGUUACCCAAUGGAAGAUGUCUAUUUUUGGAAAUACUUAAAUUCAUCAAGAUUUUGAAUGGAGAAAUAGGGGUUCCUCCUCCUGGUAUUUUACAUAGGAUCGUAAUUUAUACAUUACCUUGAUAUUCCAGUUCUUACCCAAUGUCAGAUAAUUAAUACUAAUUGCUUUCUUAAAAAUAUGAAAUAUGCCAGAAUAAAAAGUAUAUCUUUGUAUAUUUUUAUAACUCUUUCAGUCCUUUGGGGCCCCUGUCUGUUUAGGGAAGUCUGCACACCCUCCACUGGCAUAGCUGCAGCUCAGGUGCUCACAGGUGCGGGCAUGCGGAGAGGGUCUCCAGAUUGCCUACACCCUCACGGUGCCUGGUGGGGAGCCCAUCACAAGUCACACGUGGUGGGCACAGCAGGUGAGUGGACCCCACCUGCCCACUGCUGCCCACAGGGUCAGUUUUCCUGUGCUGCUCUUGUGUAACAUUUAGCACUCUUUGUACUCCUCUCUAGUUCAAGGUAAAGCACGUUUUAUGCUAGAAGAAUAAGUCAGAAAAGGUGACUUGUUCCCACUACCCCAGGUGGGUAGCCACCCUGAUUCCUAUCCCCAGGAGCACCUGGGGGAAGAACCAGUCAUCUUCCAGAGCUCUCACCCCUCACUCUCAGUCACCCCCACCCCACCCCCCGCCACUGUCCAUCAGGUGAGAUAGGAGAGGUGCCAGUGGCCUCCUGGUUUGGAGCAGCAGUGGCUGGUCAGAAUUCUCUCAAAAGAUGAACUAGAGUCCAGCACCUGUUCCUGUCCCAGAGAACAGGGAGGCUAAAUAACUGACGCGGGUGUCGGCUUGAAGGACGGGUGGCAGCCAGCUGAUGAUGAGCAGAGAGGGAUACUGUCUGUGGCUGUGUGUCCCCACCUUCAGACAGUCCUGGUCCUGUGGGCUCAUAGCACAAAGUACACACUGGCUCCUCCCCGCAGACAGGAGCUCCCUCCACAGUUGCCUUAUACUUAAUCCACUGCUUUCACUUUUCUGACCUGAUGAUUCUGUUAUAGAGAAUGGGAAGUCUGGGCCAACAUAAAUAAGUGAAACCAAAAAUAAGUAGCUGAGAAAAUCCAAUAAGCAUGAAUAUGAGAACUUCUUGUUCCUUGAUAUCACGGGUUUUUGUUAAUGUUUUAUAAGUAAUUUUCCCCUACUUGAUUUUCCUUUUAUAAAAUUCCAUAGAGCAGUGUUUAUGAUGCAGCCAUUUAAUAUAUGUACAAAUUGUAAAGAAUAUGUAUAAAUAUUUUACAUAAAUGUAAGAGCAUGUAGAAGGCAAUAUAUAAAUAAAUUGUUUAAAAAAACUGUACAACAAA